UGUUGAUGUAGAGCAGGGUGGAUAUGAGGAGGAAGGGACAGAAAGGAGAUGAAAAUCAACGAAAAGACGUUACUACAGGGAAGCAGGAUCGUGUUGGUGCCAUAUAAGAAGCACCAUGUUCCAAAAUACCACGGUUGGAUGCAGUCCCCGGAGUUACAGGAGCUGACAGCAUCAGAACCACUCACACUGGAACAGGAGUACGACAUGCAACACAGCUGGUGGCAGGACGAGAAUAAAUGCACCUUUAUCGUACUUGACAAGAACAGCUGGCAGUCUGCAGAGAGGACUGAAAUAGACAGUAUGAUUGGAGAUGUCAACCUGUUCUUCACCAAUCAGGAGUGUCCUACUGAAGCAGAGAUAGAAAUCAUGAUAGCAGAGCCCUCCAGUCGAAGAAAAGGGGCAGGAAGGGAGGCUUUGACAACCAUGAUGGCUUAUGGUGUGCAGGAGCUUGGAGUGACAGAGUACAUGGCUAAGAUUGGGUACAGUAACCAUGGGAGCUUGUCUCUGUUCCACAAACUUGGUUACACAGAGGUGUCCAGAAGUGACGUUUUUCAAGAGGUGACGUUACAUCUCCCCAUCUCAGACGACGUCAGGACAAAGCUGGAACAGGAAACGUCACAUAUUUCCAAACACACGUAUGAAGGCCAUGGGGGCAGUAGAUGA